AUGGCAAAAUUCUCAAAAAUCACUUUCCUCUGCAUUGUUGCUAUCCUCAUUAUUGGAACCCUCGCUUCCUUUGGUGCCACUGAAAAUUCUCGUUUAAUUGCUCGUCAAGACCCACCAGCAGCACCAGCUGACGGUAAAACACCACCAGCAGCACCAGCUGACGGUAAAACACCAGCUGACGGUAAGGCACCAGCUGACGGUAAGGCACCAGCUGACGGUAAAGCACCAGCUGACGGUAAAGCACCAGCUGACGGUAAAACAGCUGACGGUAAAGCACCAGCUGACGGUAAAGCACCAGCUGACGGUAAAGCACCAGCUGACGGAAAAGCACCAGCUGACGGUAAAGCACCAAAUGCUGGAAGCAAACUCGAAAGUGGUUUAGUAACUGGAGCCAUUGUUGCCGGUCUUGUCGGUCUUAUCAUUUAA